AUGUCUUCGCCACAAGGACUCCCGGUCCUCGACUUUUCAGCAUUCUACGGUGAGGACCCCAAGGCCAAGGCCAAGUUGGUGGAACAGGUGUGGCAGAGCUGUGUGUACAAUGGAUUCUUCCAGAUCACCGGCCAUCGCAUUUUGUGGGAACUGCAACAGCGUGCAGUGGGCUGUUCGAAGCGUUUCUUCUGCCUCCCACUAGAAGAAAAAUUUAAAAUCGAUAAAAAGAAUAACACCUUUAACCGCGGGUAUGAGCUUCAAUCUCAGAUGAAUGAGGCAGGCGCGAGUCCAGACCUAAAGGAGGGUUUGUACAUUGGACGGGAGAUUUCUACUGAUCACCCUUACUUUCUCGAGGGGCUUCUCAACAGUGGCCCCAACCAAUGGCCCGGUGCAAUUCCUGAUCCCGAGUUCCAGCAAAGCACAAUAGAAUACUAUCACGCGGUGUUUGACCUUGCGAAAGACACCAUGGCUGUCCUGGCACUCACGAUGAAUCACGACGAAACGUACUUUCAUUCUCUAACAGAUGGCGCGGUAGCAACCCUGCGAUACCUGCAUUAUCCACCACAACCCAAGGUGGUGGAAGAAAGGCUGCGGGGGAUUGCUGCUCACACCGACUUCAGUUGCAUUACACUGCUGCUACAAGAUGAAGUCGACGGGCUCCAGGUACUCGACAUGACAACCAGUGAGUGGAUUGAUGUUCAGCCAAUACGUGGGGCGUACGUGGUCAAUUUAGGGAAUUUGUUUUCUCGCAUGACCAACGAGGUCUAUAAAUCCAACCUGCAUCGAGUGAUCAACAGCUCCGGUAAUGAUCGCUACUCUAUCCCAUUUUUCUUCACCGGGAGUCCAGGGUUCGUAUGCAGGUGCCUGCCUGGAUUCCGGGAACAUGGUGGGCCUGGUAGAUAUCCCCCUGCAACCGUUCAGGAGGUGGUGUCGUCAUCGUACAAGGAGACCUUUGCAAGGGCCGCGAGAUACAAGGCCGAGAUGCAGGAAAAGUUACAAAAUCGUGCAGCUGAAGAAGUCGCUGCCUAA